CAUUCGGCCGUUCCCAGUCCAAAGCCCCGUCACCAAGUCCCCUCCGCCCCCAAUGGAGAACCCGAUGUUAGCGGCGGUGAUCAAUAACCUGCCCCACCUCCUGGACAACCCCGACCUCGUACAGCGCGUCCUCGACGGCGCCCGUGCAGACCUCCACCUGAACGGCCUCCACCUCGCCGAGGCGGCGGCCCAACUCAGAGACUGCUUGCGCGCCGAGGGCCGACUCCGGACCCUCCCCGAGCCCACGGAGGAGCAACGGAUCGCGUGCGCGAUGCUCGUCGAUGCGGGCAGGGCCAGCUAUCGUUUCUUCUUGAAGCAGCACUGGCUGCUCGGCCAGCUCGUCGGGUCGCUCCUCGUGAUCCGGGCAGCCGCCGCCGCCAGGAGCCGCGCCCACCUCCUCCCCGGCGUGCUCCUCGCGGCGGUCUCGGCGGCUGUGGUCGUGUACGUCUCGACCCGUGGCGUCGUGGUGCCAGGUUUCAGGAGCCUCGUGAGAUUCUCCCUCUUGACGCUGGACUUCCUCUUCGCCCCCGAUCGGCCUCGUGCUCGUGGACGGGCUAGUCUGGCUGCACAUUGUUUAAUUGGUGUUUGUCAAGUUCAUUUUUAUUGUCACGUUACUUGCUCUGCUGACAUGGUGACAAAGAGGUCUGAUAUCCUGAGACAUGCUAACUCCUGAAUGCUGAAUUGCUGAUACUACAUAUAUUGCUCAGACUUCAGAGACGCUUAAGGUGAGCCUCCUAUUCCUAUGAUCCUGCCCGUUCUGAUGUAUUGCGACAUGUUCCUGAGCAGAGCACUCCAAAUUCGUAAGUUUACAUCAAUUGUACUGCUAUAUAACAUUGCUUGUGCUGCUAUCCUCGGAUAUGUGACUAAUGAAACUUGUCGGAUACACAUUUGCAGAUAUUCUACCUCCCCGCUCCAAUCUGAUGAUAUAUGUCUGUCUUGUGCUAUCUUUUGGAUGGUUUAAGAGAAUUUAAACUUCAGUUCUGCUUUGGAAGAGCCACAAGAUCUGUCAAUCUGGACAUACGUGCAAGAACGCCCGUUAGGCCUUAUACGAUGCUAGGUGCUCGGGGAGGUGCUUAGAAAAACAGCCUGAGUUUUUCUGAAGCAUCAGUGUCUAUUUCUAUAGAAAAAGAAUCUUAUUAAACGUCUACGUGUACAAAUAAGCACCGAUGCUUAAAAUAAGUUUGUUUUAUUUUUUUUAAGAACCUCC